GCUAAUGACAGUGCACUGAUGAAGUCGUCAGCGACAGGAUUGGGCAAGGACGGGAGCGUGACGUACUGUGCUUCUUGGACAAGGCCGGAGGGUGCGUUCUAGCGAUUGCAUGGUCCACACGGGCCCCCAAUUGCCGCGAGACGAUCUCGAGCGUUACGAAGAACUGUGCAUAGUUCGCGCCGAACUGUUGAGACACAAAGUAUUCAUGAAGAGGCUAACAAGCAGAAGUCUACCAUUUAUAGAAAUAGCAAACAAUCCUUCGUACCGGACAGAACUAUGGAUGAUUGCGAAUUGACCGAAAACACGAAUGACUCUUUACGUUUAGAUGACCCUACUGGAUCAAUUGCUGAACCAAUCCCUGGCAGCCCGGGACGACUUGAAAGGGGUGGCACCUUUAUCGUUGUACCCUCUUCUUCAACGUCCGGCGCCACGGAGGCUAUCUUACCGACUUCAGCUACAGGGGCGGAAAUAGACGAUAUGGCUGAGCAGAUGCACGUCGAAGUGUCAGUGAAAACUCCUGGUACUCAGGAGUCCGACAGUGCCAGUUACGAAUCUGCCACCGAAGAAGACUUUUCGUUAACGCAAAGCCCGAACGUGAGUUGGCCACGAGACGAUAAUAAACCGGAAGAGAGUUCGUCUACCAGUAGUACACUCACAACCACAAGCAGCUCGGUCAAAAAAGAGCUACUGCGACCAAAUACAGAGGAAUCAGCGCCAAAAACAACCGCCGCAGCCCCCGCCGUGUCCGUCCGUUCGAAUUUGUUGGUGAGAGCCGCGACUGUUGAUACCAGCAAAAUGUUGACCCACCAAGAAGGAAAUGAAUGCUCUUCUAAACAAACUACGCUUGGAAAGGCCGACGAAAUCUGCUCUGGAGAUACUGCUUUAUCGUCUUCGGAGGGCGCUCCCAGGGUUUACAAAACAUUGGGCUACGAAGCGUCGGGCAGCGCCCGACGACCCUCCUCGCUUAAGAUGCCCGGCUGCUUAUUCGAUAAGGUCUACCCGCCUGCUAGUAGUGACGUGAUCACGCUAGAAUAUCUCAAUGAAACAGCCGCACAAAGCUCAGUAACUAUUGCGACAUGCAAUGAUCAUGAUGACGGCCUUACCAUUAGUGAUUGUAGAAGUAGCGGGGACACCAGUGCUACUGAAAGCAGCAAUAUCCAUUUGGCGGCUGCUAGUCCAGUUCCCCGAAGAACGGAUGAAGAGGAGGGAUCAGACGAUAAAAUUGAAACAGGAUAUCCCGCUUUACUGUGUUCAGAGGCGAACAAGGGGCAGAUAGAGACGCAGCAAGUCGACGCAACGACUGACGCUCGAUCAUCACUGGAUAGUGGAGAUGAAACAGGAAAGGACGUUAGUGCCAUUGGGAUCGGGAAUGAUGAGGUGAAAGAUGCUUAUAGCGAGCUGUGCGCCCGGGAUAAAGAGCAAGAAGGUUGUGAAUCUCACAAAUGCCUGGGAAGGAGGCAUACGUACCUUAUACUUCAGGCCAAGCAGAAGACUCCGACAAAUCUGGUGACUACUCCCGAAGAGAGCAACUUGCAGGAGUUGGCCUCUCGUCUGUCCAAUUGCGCACAGUUGGUAACCUCUUUAACUCCACGUAGUAGUCCUGUGAUCAAUAAGUCUUUGGCAAGUCUUCACGAGAGCUUCCGAAGGGCGACUUCACUGACGGCGGCCUCUCACCUGUUAGAACCCACUGCGACAUCUUCAUCGGAUCAAAACAGCCAGCAAAGUUGUACGUUGUUUGAGCAGGCCGAAGACCUCAACGCAAAUCGCCCCCUACACGGCAACUCUCGCAGAGACUGUGUCGUCACAAAUGAGGACAAGCAAAAACGAACCAGAAACAACGGGCAGCACCAUCUAAUCACAAACAACCCACUGGAAGAAAUUCAAAAUUCACCAGUCGUUUCUAGCUCCAGUACGACCGAGAUGUCGUCUUCGAACAUUCUACCUACUCCAUUGCCUCGAUCAACCUUCACCAUUUCCACGGAAGAUAUUUGUUGGGGAGAUCGAAAUGGCAAUCGGAAUUUGAUAGAACUCCAGAAGGUUGACCUACAUUCCGCCACCGCUCGUGGCUUCGAAAAGUUUACAGCUCUUUGUAAAGGACACCUGUGCAGGAAACUGCUUGCCUCAAGCAGGGUACAAAAGCUCAUCAGGGACAUUGUGGAUAUGGUACGGAUGGCAAUUAGCCUACAUCAACCCUUACCUGAGUGUGGAGUCGCACGCCGUAAAGAACUUCGGAAAGCAACAAAGGACAACAACAGUACUAUUGAGUCAGAAGAAGAAGCGACGGCUGACAUGCCGCAUAGUGAGGAGGAUAUGUUAUUUCAUGAGAGAAUACUUCUUGGUCUUGAGGGAUCAUGCCGCGAGCUGCAUCGGCUGUUUUUUGAUACCUCGCCAGCGGAACGAGUGGCUUUGAUGAGAAAUGGAGAAGCAUUAGAAAAAAGUUUGGAAACUGUUAUGCACUUCACCCGAACGCCUGUGCGGCCGAAAAAACUGAGCUCGGCCACACUUAAACGAAGGUUGCGCAAGUUACUCGAGCAGCAGCAUAUAACAGUUGGGCCUUCUAAGUCCGGAUUCCGUCGAAGCUGUUGCGCUACAUCAUCAAGCCACCGUGUCUAUUAACAGGCAGCAGAUAGCAAUAACCUUAAAGCUGUUUGUUAAGCCUUUUUAUUCCAUUCCAGAUGUGUCUAGUGCGCCAAACGCUUAAUAUGAGAAACAGGUGGACAGUAAUUUAGCCGCGUAGGAGGUAAAUAUAAAUUGGUUAAGAUGUGCAAAACAGGCAGUUGCCGACCUCUUUAAAGAUAAAAAAAAAGUCAUAGUAAAUAAAGUCGCUCGGCUGAGACUUGUAACCAAUUGUACAUUUUGUCACCCGACUCAGUUUGACGUGCUUGCUUCCUGUUUUCGACAUCAAAUAUCUAAGGCGUAUCAAUUUUUACCAUAUCUAAGCCGUUUUGAUUUUACUAGAAUCCCGGUCAAUAUAAACGCUAUUGUUAACGCUAUCAAGUCUUACAUGGUAAAGGCACAUAGAAAAUUGUUGAAAAUACACCCAAAGAUAUAGUCUAAUUUGUUGGAAAACUGACACGAUGAAAAUUGACGCGAUAGAAAUCAUACUGAUAAAGUCUAAAUUGAGUACUCAACAAUCGAAAAAAAUACCAAGCAUCAUAAUAACAAUCAUGCACGUUUAUCGCUAAAUACAGUCACGGCACUCAUGCCCACACGUAUAUACCACAGAGAAAUAUCGAUUAACAAAUUCACUCUAAACAUAUAUAUUUACAUAUAAGAAAUUAAUAUAUAACAAAUCUAUCCAAACGGCCAACACGUUUGGCAAAUAAUAUAAUUGAUUAAUAAAAAUUAUAUUGGACUAAUAAAUAUAAUAAAUCUGCAAAGUAAUAAAAAUGCUUUUAUGAUAAGGUGAUGAUAACAAUAGGAUAUUUUAUAUCAAAGUUCUCCUGAAUAAAAAUUGUGUACGUUAACUUGAAAAAUGAAAAACUGCCUUGUUUACGGCUAAGACUAAUGUCUAAUAAGGCAGACGAAAUGUAGAUCAUAAACAACAUAUAUACAUAUCACUUUUUUAGUUCUCUAGUUUCUAUAGGUUUAUAGAUUAGGAGAUUACACCUGUUGGUUGUUACUGUAAUGGCGUCACGCAUUUGUUCUUCUUUUUCUGCUAGAUUUUUAGCAGAUUAGAACAAUUUAUAUAGUUCGAAGUUUCGUAUGAAAACACUGACAGACACCCGCAUGCGCUGUAGUAACUCGAUAAUCGAUUUUCUCGGUAUGUUGCAUAAGCUAGCAUUAACUUUUGUGCGAUCUUUUUAGCUAGAGUAUGAUAUCCUCUGCCUGAUUAGAGUACUCACCUAUACAUUUAAAUUAUCUUUAUAUAUGCAAAUAAAAUAGUUCGGACGUAUUAUUAUUUUGUAAUUUUUACUAACAUCUUAAUUACCAAGCUAAUUAGCAUGGGACUUAAUGGACAUAGACCCCCUUUUACAUCUAGCAUUUUUGACUUAAAUUGGUUUCAUAUACCGAAUAGAACUCAAAGAUAAAUAUCACUAUAAUAAAUGUAUUUCCGGUUUUGACCAGCUCUAGGUAUACGAUACCCUCCAGCCGGCGGGCUAAUCGUUAGUCGAUGGGGUCGUCAUUGCUGCAAU